AAGAGCCGCGCUCGAUGACACCAAAAUCGCGUUUGGACCCUGUCGCACCCCAGGACAGGAGACUGAAUUUGUUUGCGUGUGCGGACUGUUUCGCUUUGACCGGGAGGAGCUGCUGCGAACUACGUUCGCCACCUUGCCGGGGUUCGUCCGGGAAUUUCGCCGCGGGCACGCUGCAAUUUUGCAGUUCUCGUCUGCAGCAGCCGCUGCGAGAAAUAAAGAUACUCUGCAAAAUCUACGCAGUCGCGACAGACGUGAGGGUGAUAUCAUCUGUGAUGCACGACUUUUUCAAGCCGCAGCAUCUAGCAUCUCCUCGUCGUCGCGUGGCGCAGCUUCAGAGGACGUCGACAGUGUUUCUUCCUCCUCUACCCGGCCGGGCAGUAGCGAAGCAUCACCUAUAAUAUCGCCUGAUGGCGGCGGAAGGGACACCAGGGAGCCUGAGUUAACGACUCCUUCAACGAGACAAAAGCAAGAUGAGCCGACGUUUUAUUCCAGCAAUUAUUAUACUAGGCUUACUGAUCAUGACCACACGACGGCAGUAAAAAUCCAGGAAGAUCCAUGCAGCCGACCACUGUUCAACAAAGUGAGUUUCUGCGCGCUCGUGGCCAACCCGAAACCGGCGAAGAGCGUGCGAAACUCGGAGCCGACCCGUCCCCCGCACGGCGCAUACACUUGGGCCACAUUGCCGGCGGAAAAACGCCCGAUCGGACUGUCUCUGGAGGAGGAUUUCGUGUCCGAGGCCGAGGAAGCAGCGCUGGUGGAGUGGCUGUCCGCGCGGUCGUGGGACACCACCUUGAAGCGGCGGGUGCAGCAUUUCGGAAUGCGCUUCGACUACUUGAGCCUCCACCCGGAACAAGUCGAUGACGCGAAUAAAGGCGAGAACAGUAUUCCCUUCGAGUUGUCCCUGAGUAGUCGUUUUUCGUUCCCUGGCCAGUACAACCAGGUGACCGUGAACGAAUAUCCCGCCGGCGUCGGGAUCGCCCCGCACGUGGAGACGCAUUCGUGUUUUGAGGAGGGCUUCUGCAGCGUGUCGCUGCUCGGCGGAAUCGUCAUGGAUUUUCGGAGGCGAAAAGACACUUUCGGGUUGGACGAAAGGCAAAUGGCGAACGUAGAAACUCUUCCGAAUAAUGCGGAAGAAGAAGUCGUGUCGCUCUAUCUGCCUCCGCGCUCGCGUGUGACCUUCCACGGGGAGGCGCGGUUCGCCUGGCGACAUGGCAUUGCAAGUCGCACCAGCGAUAUGGUGAAUGGGGUGGUAAUACCCGAGCGCCAGUACCGGAUCAGCCUGACCUAUCGCAAAGUCAAGAGUAUCCCGUUCUGCGAUUGCCCCUAUGUUUGGCUGUGCAAUCAUCAGAAUCCCGGUUCCAUGCAGCUCCCCAAACGAAAGUUAGCCGCUGCCGCCCUCGCUCGGCAAGCGGCAGACGAAGUAUAGUGCGAGAUGAAAAUGCUAAAGUAGACGAAUGAACAGUAAGUACUUCUGUGAGAUUUAGUACAUCCCCAGCGACAGCACCAGCAGAGAAUCAAAAUUUCGAUCGAGCGAUAAGGC